AUGCCUCAAGAAAAAUUGAAUAGAUUAGCUAUAUUGUCAAUUGAAACAGAAUUAUUAGAAGAUAUUGAUAAUAAAAAAAUUAUUACCGCCCCUGUAUAUGGUACUAAUAAGCCACAAGUUGGUUUUAUAUAUGAUACACUAGAUCAAGCUAAAGAGACCAUCAAAAAGGAAUUAAAACACAAAAAAUCCCGUUACGCAAUAUUCUGGGAAGCCAUAGAUGACAUAUGGGACGAAUACCUUUACUCUCAUCUCCAUGCUGCGGGUUGCUAUUUGAAUCCAACCCUUUUCUAUUCAAGUGAUUUCCGCACUGAUGAGGAAGUUUCGUGUGGUCUUUGUUUUUGUGUUGCUCGCAUGGCAGAAGAUCGGCAUAUACAGGAUUCUAUCACACUGCAAAUUGAUAAGUAUCGCAUGGAGGAGGGGACGUUUCAUGAUGGAAGUUUCAAAGAUAAACUAUCAAAUAUUUCCCCAGCACUUUGGUGGUCACAAUAAGGAGGUGAUUGUCCCGAACUGCAAAGACUUGCUGUUCGAAUCCUUAGUCAGACGUGCAAUGGUGCUUCGCAUUAUAGGCUAAAAAGGAACUUGGUCGAGACGUUACUUACAGAUGGGAGGAAUCAGAUAGAGCAGCAGAGGAUGCGGGACUUGGUAUUUGUCCAUUGUAAUUUGCAGUUACAAGCUUUUGAUCCCGAAGGAAGAAAUGACGUUGCAGGCGAUGUUGUUGACCCCAUGGAUGAGUGGAUACUUGGAAAAGGGCCUAAUUUGGUGUCUGAAAACACUGAAUUGACAUGGAUGGACUUAGAAUUGGGAAGGAGAAAUGGAAAAGAAAAAUAUUGUGUUGAAGGACCUAUUAUUAUUCAUGUAAAGGAGGAAGAGGAAGAUAGUAAAUAGAGUAGCAAAUGUAAAGAAAGUGGUAAUGAGUCUUUCUAUUUAGAAGCUAUGUCUAGUUCAUGAUAGUAUCUUUUUGACGUGGGAAUGACUCAUUGUAAGCCUCUACACAUCCACUAUUGGCACGGCUUCUGGCAAGGCUGAGCCCCUCUAGGAUUUUCUGCGAAGAACUAAUAUGGGGUUAAGGUCUAGUUUAUUGAUUGAUUUUGAUACCGUUGGUCUUCAUUUGCAUUAGUUAUCUUAUAUUUCCAUCGUAUGACUUCCAGAUAUGUGGAUAAUAUUCUUACACUUUUGGGUCCACAAACUUUGGGUCUCCAUUUAAAAAAGAAGUUACACACAACUAAUAUUAGUUAUGUGAAACAUGUAAUAAAAUUUUCGGAAUUCUCUCAGCUCACAGUAGCAUAAUAUUUCAUAUACUUGCAUUCAGGGGUAAAAAGUUGACCAAAGUCACCAUGAGCAUUAGUAGUUCAGCCACAAGAAAUUGACAACAUU